AUGAAUUUAGGUUUUUAAUCAAAAUCAGAUUCUAUGUCAAUUACUUUGAAAAAAGGUUUACUAUUUGAAAUAAUAUAAAGUGCUUGAUGAGUUUACACAAUUAAAUGAAACAACAAAAGAACAUUAUGCAGUAAUUUUGAUAAAGGUGAUGAUAAAUUUGAUCAAAAAUAGUAAAGGUAAAUUUAUGUACUUAUUAAGAAAUGACAAUGUAAGGUUUAACACAUGAAAUUAAAACAGCAGGAGAAUAUUUGAUUAAUAAUGCAUAAGCUGGACAUGGAAGAUCAGAAUUAGUUUUAAGAUCAACUUAGACUAUAUAUUAGCAUUAUAUUAGUAAAGGUUUACAACACUCAAAAGCUGAUAGCAUGGAGGCAUUGUAAUCAUCACUUAUAGAAAUUUCAUAAGAGCUAAUAGAUAUAAUCAUUCGUUCAAAAGAUAAUAUUAAGACCUAAUGCUUAAAAUUCUUUAAUAAUAGAUUUGUAAAUGAGAAUUUUUAUAUUAGAAAGUUUUGGUUGUUGGAUACUCUAAUGUUGUUAUCUAUUCUUUGAUAGAGGCAUUUAAGGCUGGAAUAGUUAUGCAAAUUUAUAUUCCUGAAUGUAGGCCAAAAUCAGAAGGAAUAGAAACAUAUAGAUAAUUGACAGAAAUUGGAUAUCCUUGUAAAUUAAUAUUUGAUUCUGCUAUUGGAUAAGUUAUGGAAAAUAUAGAUAUGGUCUUAACAGGAGCUGAAGCUGUAGUUGAAAAUGGAGGUAUAAUCAAUAGAGUUGGAACAUAUACAACUGCUAUUUGUGCUAAAUUCUAAAAAAAACCAUUUUAUGUUUUAGCUGAAAGUUUUAAGUUUACACGUUUGUUUCCUUUAUCAUAAAAAGAUUUAAGUGAUUCAAUCAGAUAUAGCUAAGAAGAACCAUAAUUUUCAGAAAAAUUGAAAUUACCUGAAAAUUUGGAUGUAAUUUAAUAAAUAUAUUUAAUUUAGUUUAUCAAUCCUUUAUGUGAUUAUACUCCACCAGAUUUGAUUACAUUAUUAUUUACAGAUUUAGGAGUUUUCACUCCGUCUGCUGUUUCAGAAGAAUUGAUUUAAAUAUUUAACACUUGA